AUGUGGCCUCAAGAAACGCCGCCCUCAUUACAUGCCACUGCCUCCCAAACUUCGUCCUAUUGGCAACCUCAAUCGGCACCGCGGUCAGAAGUCGUCCCCACAGAAAUGGCUGCACAAACUCCCAUGGGCGGUACUCAAUCUGCGUCCACCUUGUUGCCAGCGUCUGGACAACCUUCGUCGAUGAUGUGGCCUCAAGAAACGCCGUCCUCAUUACGUGCCACUGCCUCCCAAACUUCGUCCUAUUGGCAACCUCAAUCGGCACCGCGGUCAGAAAUCGUCCCCACAGAAAUGGCUGCACAAACUCCUAUGGGUGGUACAAAAUCUACGUCCACCUUGUUGCCAGUGUCUGGACAACCUUCGUCGAUGAUUCCUUCUGAAACCGUGCCUUCAUUUCAUGACACUGCUCAUCAAACGUUGACUUGCUCGAGAUCUCCAUCUGAGUAUCUUUCACCUCCAAUUCUGAGUCCCCAUUUUGAGGAUAUGUCUCCCCAACCUUCAACAUCAUUUCAUUCUGCUACAUCAAGGUCACCUACGUCCGCCCAAUCGCCUUUGAAAUGCACAAGUAGUACAUCCUUCUUUCCGCCUGCACGUUAUUCGAUUCUACCUCUUGCUGAAAUGAAGCCCCGCUUUUCCUUAACCGAACCUCAACCAUCAACUUCCUUGCCGUCUUCGUCUCGUCCUCGCUCGGUUCUUGUGCAUCCAACACUGUCUCCCACAGAUUUUAGCGUUGCUACUCAGCCUACACAGGCUGACCUAGCUUCUUCUUCACAAUGCUUCGAGAGCCACUCUACAGAAAUGCAGUCUCAAGUUUCCGCGACUGCUUCUCAAAAUGCAACAAACUCGCGACUCCUCUCCAAGGCGACUUCCAUGCAAACUAUGCCAACCACGCAGCCACUGAAGCCACAGCAUGUUUAUUCCGAAGACUCGUUGCCUUCUACUUCUCGAAGUAAUCAAAAAUCACAGAAUGCAGAAAUCCAAUUGAGACUACUCAAUAUGUACUUAUCCGAACCAUGCAGACCCAACUUAGAAGCCGGAACGUGUCCAGGCGGACAGUCAUGUCCGUUUGCAAAACAUGGCUCUAACACCAGGUCCCCAUCGGAUCAGCUUGAUUUUCGAAAGCUGCGCUGUAUUGAUUUCGAGUUUACGGGUUCGUGUGAAGCUGGAGAUAGGUGCCCCUUUCGUCAUGUCAUACCUGAGCACUCGGACGAUGCAGAUUCACAGUCCAGCUAA